CUGAACUGGAGUUUGUUCAGAUUGUCAUUAUCAUCGUGGUGAUGACGGUGAUGGUGGUGGUGAUCAUCUGCCUGCUCAACCACUACAAACUCUCCACCUGGUCCUUCAUAACCCGGCAGAGCCAGGCCCGCAGGCAUGAGCACGCCCUGCAGCAGGACGGGUGUCUGUGGCCUUCAGACAGUGGUUCUCGACAAGGUGCCUCGGAGGUUUUAUACGCCCCUUCAGCGAGGGAUCGCUUCACAGCUCCCUCCUUCAUGCAACGUGACCGUUUCAGCCGCUUCCAGCCCACCUACCCCUACAUGCAGCAUCAGAUCGACCUGCCGCCCACCAUAUCGUUGUCGGACGGCGAGGAGCCCCCGCCRUACCAGGGGCCCUGCACGCUGCAGCUCCGUGAUCCCGAGCAGCAGAUGGAGCUCAAUCGUGAGUCUGUGAGGGCGCCACCCAACCGAACCAUUUAUGACAGUGACUUGAUCGACAUGGGGGGAGGUGGUGGCCCGGGAGGGGUGAAGGGAGGAGGAGGAKGGGGUGGCGUGUGGGGAGGAGGCCCAAGACCACCGAGCAGCAACUCGGGCAUCAGUGCAGCCAACUCUAGCAGCCACGGGCGCAUGGAGGGUCCCCCGCCGGCGUACAGCGAGGUGAUGGGCCACUACCCUGGCUCGGCCUUCUUUCUACACCAGCACAGCAAUAACCAGAGAGUGGGGGGGCCAGGGGGGCCGGGCAGCAGGACGAUCCAGCAGCAGAGCCAAUCAGAAAGCACAAUAGUUCCUGCCAAGGACGGCAAGCCGGAGGACCUGGUCUGAGUAGAAGCGGGAGGCGACAGACCGGUCCACAGAUCCCAGACUGAGGAGGGUUUCCCAUCGUCACCCCUGACUUUCCACACCGCUCUGUCGCUCUCCUGUCCUCCCACACUCCCAUGCACAAAGAAAUAUCAAYGAGCUACAACUAAACAAGGAAAGAGAAACCAAGAUUUUUCUUUUUUUUCUUUUGUUUCCUUCCAGCUUGCACCUCUGGGGAUGAUUAUUUUUCUUUAUUUUUAACAAAAAGAAAAUCUGCUAGCACAGACUGAAAGUUCUCUUUCUUUCCUCCUCCUGUGGGAYGACAGUUUUGUCCCUGGGAAGUGAGGAGGGUUUUUUAUUUUUUUCAUUUUUGUUUUACGUUACGGACCGGGAUCUGUGCACAAAGCGAGAACUGAGAAUCCAGGACUUUCUGAGAACCCAACAAAACAAGACUCUCCAACCCAAAUCUUAGUGCCAAGGUUCACGAGGAAGUAAAACAAAGAGGAGAAAUGAGAGAACUUAUCCUAACAUUCACAAAGCAACAAAAGAAAAGUUGUCUAAAAGUUGCACUAUCUUUUUGUUGUAAAAGAGAAGAGGGACGUGAUGUCAUGUGAUGAUGUUUGUUUUUAUUUUCCUUUUUGUUGUUGUCUUUUUUUAUUUUAUUUCACUGACUGAACUCUGGCUCCAAACCUAUUGGGAGCAACAAAAAAACAAACAAACAAAAACUAACAAGUAUCAGCUUAUGUCCUUCCCUUAUUUUGAAAAGUGCGAGCUCUUGAA